AUGAUUUUUAAAAUUAUUAUUCUUUUAUGUACUAUAACAAUUAAAUGUAUUGUUGAUAGUGCUUCAUGUGGUGGUAGUGGAAUGCCAUUUCGUUUUGAAGUUACACCAUCAGGUUCAGCUAUUCUUGGUUGUGCUAUGCCACAAUGUUUUGGUGGAUUAAAUGGUGGUAAAGGUUUUCUUCAUGACAGUAAAUUUAAUGCUAUCCCUGAAGGUGAAGAUGGAUUUUUUAGAGAAAAUGAUUUUAAUAAAAUAAAAUCAAGAUUACCUACUGCUCCAUCACAAAUAGCUAGUUGUGAAUCUACUUUCACAAGUCAAAGCUGUGGUAAUGGUAAUUCAUGGGUUGGAGGAUUCAUGCAAAAAAAAGAUGGAUCAAUGGGAUUACAAUGUUGUAGUUAUGAUGGUAUGAGAUUUUCUCAAGAAAUUGGUCAACCUAUAGUUAGACGUGGUGAAGUAUAUAGUGGUGGUGAAGUUCUUAGAGAUGGUAGACAAACUGGAUUUGAUCUUAUUACAAAUAUUAAACAAAUAGACAAUGGUUCAUAUAGAUUGACUGUUUAUAGAAUUAAUUGUUUACCAGAUCCAGCAGAAGAAAAUAAUGAUGUUCAAUUAGAUUCUCCAAAUGAUAUUACAAGAAUUUUAGAUAAAGUAACUGAAUUUCAUAGAGAUUCUCAACCAAGAGUAAGAGAUAGUUUAGAAGUUGUUCAACAACAAGGAGGUUAUGCUAGAACAAGUGGUGUUUCUGAUCCAGUUCAAGGAUCAGAUACAUUUGUUCAGGUUGGUGAAGCUUCUGUUCCUGUACAACAGGGAGGAUAUUAUUACCCAGUUGCUGGAUCAAUACCAGCAUGUUUUGCUCCAAAUACAACUGUUAUUACCUCAAAUGGUCCAGUUGAAAUAAAAAAUCUUAAAAUUGGGGAUAUGGUAUAUUCUGAAGAAAACGGUAUUCCAAAAUUAUCUGAAGUUACUUCAUUCCUUCAUAAACUUCCUGAUACAGAAGUAACUUUUAUUCAUUUAGAAUUAGAAGAUGAUACAUCACUUGAUAUAACACCACAACAUUUUAUUUAUAAAGGAAAUUGUAAAGAAUAUGGUGAUUUAAUGGUAUAUGCUGAAAAAGUUAAAGUUGGAGAAUGUCUUAAUAAAGUGACUGAAGAUGGUAAAUUUAUUCAAGUAAAAGUUGUUGAUUCUACUGUUAAAAAAAUAAUUGGUGCAUACUCACCGUUAACUAAAAAUGGUAAUAUUAUUGUUAAUAAUAUUUCUGCAUCAUGUUAUUCUAUUGUUAAAUCAAAUAGUUUAGCUCAUACAUUUUUCCAUUAUAUUAAUGAAAUUAAUAAACUUCUUUCAACAGGAGUAACAAGGUUAUUUUCAAAAACAGGAACAACAGUAGAUGAAGAGACAGUUGAAUUACCAGCAGUCGCAAAAUAUUUAUAUGAUUCUUUGAAUCUUAUUGUUCCAGAGUCUAUUUUUGAUGGUGAAACAAGAAAUAUGUUUUUAAAGAACUAA